AUGUCCGCAGAUGAUGCUUAUAUGGAGUACUUGAUGUCUCAAAACCCAUUUGAAAUCUUGUUGAACUACACUACCCCCGCUGGAGUUCAGCAAGUAACAUUCCAAGAAUUGGAUCAUUGGCUAUACCGACAAUGCCAAGGGUCGAUCAUUCAAGGGAUCAAACUCGGUGCUGGCAUCAUCAUGAUUUUGGCCACCAAUAUGUUCACCAGGAGGGCUAAUAAGAUGAAACCAAUGUUCUGGGGGUUGCAAGCAACGUUAUUUUUCAUGUGCUUGAAAUCCAUUUUUUACAUGUACUACUACUUGAGCAACUCUGGGAGCAUCACAUUUGCCUUUUCAGGAUACUAUGUGCUCGAUGUCACUAAUAGAAACAUGACCACAGUCACCGAUUUGAUUCAAGUGUUAUUCGUUGCCAGCAUUCAGCUCGUCUUGAUCUGCCAAGUAUGGACAUUGUACAAGAUCCCGGAAAACGGAUACGCGAAAAAUGUUCUCAAGUUUGUGGUAUUGGGGGUUUGUAUUGUUUUGGCAGUAGUAAAUAUUGGAUUUUACAUUGUCGAUAUCACUUUUGCAUUGAUUGAAAUCUACAAUGAGUCUGGGGAGACUAGUCCAAUUUGGACUUUCAACGUUCCAGUGAUUCUCUUUUUAACAUCGCUUUGGUUCCAAAGUUUCUGCCUCAUUGGCAAGCUUGUUUAUUGUGUUUAUCUCAGAAGACAAUGCGGAAUGAAGAACUUCAGUAUCUAUCAUAUUCUCUUCAUUAUGUCUUUCCAAUCCAUGAUUAUUCCGGCGAUGGUGGUCAUUGUGAGUUACAAUCUAAACGAUUGGACUUCCAACACUUUGCCGGAAAUUUCGUUCUUCCUUACCGCAAUGUUCUUGCCAUUUUCUAUUAUGUGGGCCAGCUCUAGGAAUGACUCUUCCAGUCCAUAUUCCACCGGUGGUUUUAUGGUCAAUAGCGUAUCGCAUGAUGAUAGUAUCUACGAUUCAGAAGGUUCUUUGAAAAUCAGCGAUAUUGAAAACAUUCCUGAAGAGGAAUCCACAAUUUCUCAAAACUACGCCAUGUACAAUGGAGAAAAAGGAAUUGAGGAGCAAGAAGAAGAUGAAGACGAGGCCAUAAGCCCAACCACCCUCCAUUCUAGAACAAUUUGA